AUGUCGUUGUUUUCUACCAUACUUUCGCCCGUCACUGGGAUUUUUUUCUUUCUUUGGACGAACGUUCUCUUAAUUUUGUUCACGCUGAUGAUCUCUGGUGUUUUGGCGUUCAUGAUUUCCUACUAUUUGUAUGGUUAUUCAUCGUCUCCGCAAAGUCGUUCCAGUUCUUCGGAUGGUUCACCAACAAGAAUCAGCAAAAAGAGAUCUUCCACCAUCCAUGAGAGCGAUGAAGACUUACCUGGUGCUGUAAAGUCUGCAAAACCUGACAUCAUCGAAUUACGUAGGAUGCCAAGCAGUAAAGGAUGA